AUGGGUGUCACCAGAGAUAUCAUCAGCGCGGGCGACGGUACCAACUUCCCCAAACCGGGUGAUACCGUCAAAAUCCACUACGUCGGAACUCUAACUAACGGUACCAAGUGAGCGAACUCUUUUCAUUAUCUCGCCUGAUGCCGGUCCACAAAAAAGUAUGGAACCUAAUAAUUUAUGCGGGCGGACAGGUUCGACUCGUCUAGGGACCGUAAUGAGCCCUUUGUCACCAAAAUAGGUGUUGGGAGGGUUAUCAAAGGAUGGGAUGAGGCCGUGCCUCAAAUGAGCCUUCGAGAAAAGGCUACACUCACCAUUACCCCGUGCGCCACAUUUCAAUCCAAAUUCGAUCUCGAAGCAUCUACUUACGUUUGUAUUAGUGACUACGGCUACGGCGCGAGCGGUUUCCCCCCUGUUAUCCCCGCGAACGCUACUUUGAUCUUGUAAGUUGACACCUCGCUGAGAACCCGACCAAGCGGAAACUAAAAGUUACAAUAGCGAGGUCGAGCUCCUCAAAAUCAAUUAAGACAACCCUAGGCUGGCAGUGAAACGGAGGGAAUUAUGGAUUCGCAGAAGUUGUCGCUGAGAUUCAUUCUCGCAUAAAAUGGAUAUUAAAAAAAAAAAGCUGGAUCAUGAUCGCUUUUACCGCGGUGGGGUUCGUGAUAAACGUGCAAGAAAAAAAGAAAACUCGGGGGAUUUCCUAAUUCACCUACCACAGCGUAAGACUAACGAACGCCAAUAGCCCACGUUGGACGACCAGCGGCCAAAGCCAAGCAUGAUGGUAAUAAUCCAGAUGGGAUGGUAUUGAUGGCGUGAGUACCGUAUGCAAUUGUCGAAUCCUGAUCUGGUCAAGCUUUGCCUGGCAGUGCGUGAAGAGAUGAUAGAGAUCACAUAUUACUGGUAAUAUUUACGUUUCCCACUCCCGAAUUC